CUUUGCACCAACCGCCGCGGGGAAACGGAGCGCCGCGGCUCCGCCGGGAGAUUCCGACCGCGCGCAGUGGAACCCGCGCCGCGGGCACGCGGCGCUGCGGGCACACGGCGUGCCGCCCUCCGUGCCCGACAGCCCCGGUACCGCGCGGUGGUUCGGCCCGGCCCGGCGCCGUGCGGGGCGGCGGCGCCCGGAAGUGACGCGUGCGGCCGGGCGCUGCUGUGCCGGAGGGAGCGAGGAACGGCCCGAAAACCGCGCCGCAGAUGGACCAGUCGUCUCCAACCUACAUGCUUGCCAACCUAACACACUUGCAUUCUGAACAGCUUCUGCAAGGCUUGAACCUCCUUCGCCAGCAUCACGAGCUGUGUGACAUUGUCCUUAGGGUUGGCGAUGUCAAGAUCCAUGCCCACAAAGUGGUGCUCGCCAGCAUCAGCCCGUACUUCAAAGCCAUGUUCACCGGGAACCUCUCUGAGAAGGAGAAUUCAGAGGUAGAGUUCCAGUGUGUUGACGAAGCAGCCCUGCAGGCCAUCGUGGAGUAUGCCUACACAGGAACUGUGUUCAUCUCACAGGACACCGUGGAGUCGCUUCUUCCAGCUGCAAACCUUCUCCAAAUCAAGCUGGUGGUGAAGGAGUGCUGCGCCUUUCUGGAGAGCCAGCUCGAUCCUGGCAACUGCAUCGGGAUUUCUCGUUUUGCAGAGACCUAUGGCUGCCACGACCUGUACUUGGCUGCCAACAAGUACAUCUGUCAGAACUUUGAAGACGUUUGUCAGACUGAAGAAUUCUUUGAGCUUACGCAUUCUGAAUUGGAUGAAAUUGUUUCCAAUGACUGCUUGAAUGUCGUGACAGAAGAAACAGUUUUUUAUGCACUGGAGUCCUGGAUCAAAUACGAUGUUCAGGAGCGACAGAAGUAUUUAGCACAGCUGCUGCACUGCGUCCGGCUGCCGCUGCUGAGUGUGAAGUUCCUUACGAGGCUGUACGAAGCAAACCAUCUCAUUCGUGAUGACCAUACCUGCAAACAUCUUCUAAACGAGGCUCUAAAAUACCACUUCAUGCCUGAACACAGACUUUCCCACCAGACCAUGCUGAUGACACGACCUCGCUGUGCUCCUAAAGUUCUGUGUGCUGUAGGAGGAAAAGCUGGGCUGUUUGCGUGUUUAGAAAGUGUUGAAAUGUAUUUUCCCCAGAACGAUUCCUGGAUAGGCCUGGCACCUCUUAGCAUUCCCCGCUAUGAAUUUGGAAUAUGUGUCCUAGACCAGAAAAUCUAUGUUGUAGGAGGGAUUGCAACCCACGUGUGUCAAGGCAUCAGCUACAGGAAGCACGAGAACUCAGUGGAGUGCUGGGACCCCGACACAAACACCUGGACGUCUCUGGAGAGGAUGUUUGAGAGCCGCAGCACGCUGGGAGUGGUGGUCCUGGCAGGAGAGCUCUAUGCCCUGGGGGGCUACGAUGGGCAGUCGUAUCUACGAACUGUAGAGAAAUACAUUCCUAAAGUGAAGGAGUGGCAGCUAGUGGCCCCAAUGAACAAAACGAGAAGCUGUUUUGCUGCAGCUGUCUUAGAUGGAAUGAUAUAUGCCAUUGGUGGCUAUGGUCCUGCCCAUAUGAACAGCAUGGAACGCUACGAUCCAAGUAAGAACUCCUGGGAGACGGUAGCUUCAAUGGCUGACAAAAGAAUAAACUUUGGUGUCGGUGUCAUGCUGGGCUUCAUUUUCGUGGUAGGGGGGCACAACGGGGUGUCCCACUUGUCGAGCAUUGAGCGGUACGAUCCCCACCAGAACCAGUGGACUGUGUGCCGACCCAUGAAGGAGCCCAGAACAGGAGUGGGUGCAGCUGUAAUUGAUAACUACCUUUACGUAGUUGGAGGUCAUUCAGGGUCAUCCUACCUGAACACUGUACAGAAGUAUGACCCCAUCUCAGAUACCUGGCUGGACUCUGCUGGUAUGAUGUACUGCCGCUGCAAUUUUGGUUUGACUGCACUUUGAUGACAAGCAGGACUUCAUGGACCUGUUGUGAGGUUGGAACUUGAUGUGGUUGAAGAUAAACCCUGCCACUGGAGACCAUAUGCUGCGUUUUCUGGAGCUGAAAAGUUGCAGGAAUGUGGUGGAGUUGUGGUUGAAGUGAGGAAGGAAUCAUUUCCUCUUGGUUGCUGGCCUUGUUGCUUGGGUGCCACGGGCAGCAGGAGUGGGAAGCUCACCAGCAGCUGGGCUUGGGCAGCAUCUGUUACAGGCAGGGAACUUUAACAAGUACUGUACAUGCCUAGGACGUGGUUAGGACACUCACUGUCUGUCUGACCCUUUCACUUUCUAGAGCUUUUCUCUCUUCCUCCUGCCUACUAAGAAACAUGAAGUUUACUGUGCUUGGGGUGAGAGACGUAUGGGUGUGCUGUGUGACUGGGCUCUGCUGGUGACUGUCUGGUUGUGUCUUCAUAUUAAGAAAAUGCCAGUGCUUCAUAAUUUUUUUAUGAACCGUAACUAAAGGGCUGCCUUGUUUCUGUAUCUCAAGGUCUGUAAAUAAUAAAUGCCGUAGUCCAUUGCCUGUGCACUCUCCUUUGUGACCUGCUUGCUGGUAGGAGGGCUGGGACGAGUAGGAACUGCUGAAAGAACUUGGCAAGGCACAUUUAUUGCCUCCCAACAAAAUGUCGCGAUCUGAUGAAGAGAAUCACAUUUUUAAACCUUCCCAUGUAUUUCUCUCUGUCGUGGACAGAUGAGUACCAGAAGUGGUGACUCGGUCUUGCUGGUCUGCUGUGAGGUUUCAGUUGUGAUGCAAAGAGAAGUGACAGCAUCAGAAAACGUGGCAGCAGCGUUUGCGGCAUGCCAUAAAAUACUCAGAAAACAAUCAGUCCCAUCCUUCCCCAGAGCACACCUGUGUCUGUAUCCCCUUCAAAUUCCCUCUUUAAAAGAAUGUAUGAUCCCUCUCUCAGAGUGCUGGGGUGUGAGGACGGGGCUAGCUGUGUGCCUGGUGCUGUGGCUGUCCCUGCAGUGAGUGCAGUGUGCAGGCAGCACGGUGCCUGUGCUUGUGCUGCUGGCUUUCCUUCUGACUCGCUUGAGACAUCUGUGCCUAUGGAAACUGUCAAGAAGAACACAGUGUAGUGAAUGAGCUCUGUGUGUGUUACUUUUCUUUUUUUCAGGAGAUCUGUGUUUCUUGUUCUCACAAAUACAUAAUGCAUACAUGUGGAGCAGUAAGAUCCCAGCCCGGGUUCUUGCCCUGAUCACAGCCUGCAUGCAGUGCUGCUGAGUGCAGUGCUGGGCUCAGUGCUGCUGGAGCACCAGGUGGUCAUAACUGUGUGAUGGCCCCAAGCCUGGUGCCAAUGCAGGCAAAUGGAGGCUGAUGCUGGGGGUUGUAAAGCUUAUUUCAAAAUAGAUGAGUGAGUACGUAGCACUUCUAGCUAAUUCAGCACGUUUGGGUUUGCCUUCUGCUUUGAACUGGGAAUUGUGGUUGUCCUGAAUUUCUGUUUUGAUUGUGUUGCCAGACCUGGUACUUAGGAAGUGUUCUGCCUCGACUUACUUCUGUUCUAACACGUUCAGUUAAUGUUUGUCUCCCCUUGUUUUCCAAACCCACGUAGUAUUGUUUUUGAAGGUGCAAUAAUAUUUAAAACAGUUGCUUUAAAAGCUGUCUCUUUGUAGAUACGCCUAGCAGAUGUUCUCUCAGUACACUUAAUUUAUUGUUUAUUUUUUCCCUGAGGAGCUAAUUGCAGCUGGGCAAGCACUGGGGGUCUUUGUUCUUCCAUAAGGUCAGAUUUGAGCAGCUGAGGGGGCACAGGAGCUUUCACCAUAGAGCAGAACCCACCCAUUGCAGUUGCUUGCACAAGUCACAGAAUCCUGCACGUGUCCUUCAGGUUUGGCAGAAUCACACAGGACUUUAAAAGCAAAUAAUUCACAGGGCAAGAGAUUUCAAUGCAGUUUGUGUGACCUACAGAGGAUUUCUGGUUACAUAGCAAUAAUAGUGUAACUGGACAUGAGUAACUGCACUGGGUGGGAGUGCAGAGCAGGGGCAGGUGGGGCAGUGGUGGUGCUUCAGUCUGCACAGAUCACCUUCACAUUCCUGCCCUGGUGAAUGCACAAGGCAAAUGCUUCCGUGUGCUCUUCUCAUUUACAGCAUCACAGAUGCCAUUGGUUAUGAUGUCUUCUGACUCUAUCAGGAGAUAAAGUUGCUGAGCAAUCUAAUAUCAAGGAAGAAAAGCUCUUACUUACAGUCAGGUGUGUGCCUGUAAGCACAGGAGUUGUUCCAUGCAGGUCAACGUGUGCUGUACUGCAGUAGGAUUCCAUGAAUGAAGAUGCCAGUGCAUCUUUGCUUGAAAUACUCUCAUGGAAACUAUCAGGAAAUUCUGUUUCUGGGCAGUAGAAGGUGGUGUGAGAGACAGAAAUCGUUUUGAUGUCACCAGAAGAAAAAGAAAUCUUUUUUCAGUGUGAUAUUAUUGGUUUUCAAUGCACGCAUCUUUCAUUUAUGGAAGGCAGAAGAUGUUUUAUUACAUUUAUCUGAGCAGCAGCAAUACUAAGUUAGAUGAUAGAGACUGACCCUGAAUCGUAUCAUGUAGUAUUGCUAGACUUGAAGGUAGCAGCAUGAAAAAUUCUCUUUGUACACAGCAUCAGGAAUGGGAAGAACACAUGAUGGAAUGUUCUGCUGUUGGUGGAUGAACUGUUGGGCUGGUUGGACAGAGAUGGGCAGGGCAGUGCCUCAGCUUUAGGCAUCAGUUCGUGUCACACUGCCCUCGUUCUGUUCAGGCACUUGCUGUCCUGUGUCUCAAAGCGUUUGGUGAUGGGAGGUCGGGCACAACAGCUUGUUUGCACAGUGCUCCUGUUGUAAUGUCUGUCUUACAGCUGAAAAUCUAAGGACCUUCAACCAAGAUGUCACACAACGAUAAAUUAUCAUCCAGUUCUAUUUUUUAAUCACUCAGAAUGAUCUGUAGAGCACUUUAAAAUGGGCACGAGUUCGUAUGUGCGCGCAUAGUUCCCAAAUUUCUGCUUUCUUAACUCAGAUAUUCAUCUGUAAGCUUCGUGCCUGCCUGUCCUUCCAGGAAUGCUCUUCUUGCAGGAGGCCUCAUGGGCUGCAAGGGUGACAUGUGUCCCAUGAGCAUCACUCCAUUCCCCUUUGCUGGGAGACAGCAUGUCACCAUUGCGAAGCUGCCAUCAGUAAAUCCCCAUCCAUCACCUAAAACAAUGCAAAACGUCCCAGCUUGCCUUAAAUUCUUGAUAUCUAACUGAAACGCAAAGAACUGGAUGAUAACUCCUGUUUUUUUGCCUUACGCGCUGUGCUGUAUUUUAAACCCAAGGAGAAGUAUAAUUUUUAGCAGGGUUUGAUAACUGUACAGAGAACACCGAAACGUGCUGGGCUGUGCUGAGUGCUGUGUGAGGAGUGAGCAGUGCUGUGUGGCUCUGUGUCCAUUCCCACGUGCACACCUUCUUUAGCAGCGAUGUUCUGGUUCUGUUAUUGUUUACAGUGUGCUAUUUGAGGUCAGCAGGAAAUGAGCUGUAACUUGCAUCCUGGUUCCUUGCCCGUGUUCUCAAUGUGUUGGCUCUUGUGAUAAUGCUCUGUAAUGGUUGUUGUAACUAUUUCAUUGAGUGUGAAGCAGUUUAGUAAAUAAACCUGGAGAAAAGCUUGCUUUCA